UAGAGGUAGAGGUAGAGGUGGAGGUGGAGGUGGAGGUGGAGGUGCUCUUGUGGAGUUGGAGUUGGAGGUGGAUUCCCUCCUCUUUGCUUAUGGUCUUGUUCGCGCGCGUCAGCCUCGUCGCGGCAUUCGAUCCCGAAACAUCGUUGCUCCCGACCAUGAGACAGUCGGGUGCCGGUCACGGGACGUCGCCUCCACCGUCACCUUCGACGUCCCCGCCGACUUUGUUGCCAUCGUCGUCGUCGUCGUUGUUAUUGUCGUCGUCAUCGUCGUCGUCCUCGUCGUCCUCGUCGUCGUCGUCGUUGUCGUCGUUAUUGUCAUCGUCGUCAUCGUCGUCGUCGUCGUCGUCAUCAUCAUCCUGGUCGUCGUCCUCCUUAUCGUGGCCUUCCUCGUCCUGCCACGAAAAGAACGAUUACGAGACAUUCGUCUUCGUUCUUAAAUCAUCGUACUCGUAAAAUCAAAAGAUUUUAAGAAUCGUUCGUUCCUUAAUUUUCCAAUCCUCCCCCUCCCUCCUCCGUUACCAUCACCACCCUCUCUAUCUUAUCCAACCCUCGAGUAUUCCCUCUUCUAAUUUUUCUUCUUUUUCUUCCUUCUAUCUCUACUUUCUUUUUCUUUAUCUUCUUAUUCUAAUUUCUUCUAAACUUUUUUUAUCUCUUCUAUCUCCUCUUCCAUUUCUUCUUCUUCUUCUUCUUUUUUUUUCUUCUUUUUCUUCUUCUUCUUCUUCUUCUUCUACUUCUUAAUCUUAUUAUCCUCUUUUUAUCCCCUUUUAAAGAUCUUUUUAGAGCCUUCUUCCUCAACGAUUAUCUUCAAAGUGAGGAAACGAACGAACGCACGCACGCCGGGGGAAACAGGAUAGAGAUAAGAGAGGAAGAAGGAGAGAGAAAUAAAGACGAGUCGCAUCAGUACACAGGACAAUCUGGUCUCUUAAGAUCGUCGAUAACAGUGUUGGAAAGACUAAAGGAGGAAUCGUAAGAAAUUUUUUUUCUUUUUACGAUUUCACAAUCGUAUACAAGGUAUUCAGGACAAUCAUUAAUCUGAGAAUCAUCGAAAGAAAGAAAUCUUUAACGUCUACCUCGAUCAUGCUCAGCCCGAAGAUGCAAAGAACAGUGAGGGUAAACGACUCUCAGCUAGUGAUGCUCUCGGAGAGAGCCCAUUACGAUCAUUCGUUGAGCGGAUAUUUACACAAACGGACUGCUGAUUCUGCCAAGUGGCAAUUACGAUGGUUCGUCUUGUAUCAGAAUCUCCUAUUCUAUUACGAAAACGAAAGUUGCUCACGACCAAGCGGUGUCGUUUUGCUAGAGGGCUGCUAUUGCGAUCGUCUUAUCACCGCUAAAGGCAAAGAACCGGAUAAACAACACUGCUUUGCGAUAUCAUACAGAAGGGAGAAUCAGCGACAAUACGAGUUGAAAGCUGCCACAGAAACGGACUGCAAAAUGUGGAUCGAUGCGAUACGAGAAGCCAGCUUCAACAAAUUACUGUUGCAAAAGGAGGAGCUCGAGCAAAAGCAUCUGCACCUGUUGCAGAUCGUAGAAAGUGAGAAAACGGCUAAGUGGCAGUACACACAACAAUGCGAGGAGCUUGCAUCGGAAAUAAAAAAGCUCCGGGCGGAGUUAUGCGCUCUGAAAAAGGAACUCAGACCAUCCGUUACGCCAACGUUUACAAGUCGUCCUGGAACAGGAACGUCUCAAGGAACAGGAAGUUUGGUAAGCGCCAUGGGAUAUCAUGGUGCGUAUAUUGGAAUUCAUGGAACCCAAUCCUGUUCUGUUGGUUUACGUGGUAUCACCGAGGGUUCCAUCGAAAUGCAGAAAAUUAAAAAGGUCCAGAGUUUUUUCCGUGGUUGGCUUUGCCGUAGACGUUGGAAACAAAUCGUUGAACAAUAUAUCAAGAGCCCGCAUGCAGAGAGUAUGCGCAAACGGAACAGUCUGGUGUUUCAAAUGGUUGAGGCAGAGGAGGAAUACACGGAACAAAUGGAGAUAUUGGUUAGCUGUUUCCUGAGGCCUUUCAAAAUGGCUGCCAGUUCGAAGAAACCCCCAUGUAGUCACGAAGACGUGAAUAGUAUAUUUUUGAAUAGCGAAACAGUACUGUUCCUUCAUCAGAUCUUCCUGAAGGGUCUUACUUCUCGCAUGGAGAGCUGGCCCACUUUAGUUUUAGGUGACUUGUUUGACAUACUACUACCAAUGUUGUCAAUUUAUCAAGAAUACGUGCGCAACCACCAUUACAGUCUUCAAGUGUUGACCGAAUGCAAGCAAUCAUCGACCCCCUUUGUUGCGUUGCUCAAUAGAUUGGAGAACAAGACUGCCUGUCAAGGACGAUCUCUGGAAACGUUUCUAACAUAUCCAAUGCAUCAGAUUCCCAGAUAUAUAAUCACUUUGCACGAGCUUCUUGCGCAUACACCGCACGAUCAUGUUGAACGAAAGAGCUUGCAGAAUGCUAGGCAACAGCUGGAGGAUCUGUCACGGCAAAUGCAUGACGAGGUGAGCGAGACGGAAAAUUUGAGAAAAAAUUUGGCAGUCGAGAGAAUGAUCGUCGAGGGUUGUGACAUACUUUUGGACGUUAAUCAAGUAUUUGUCAGGCAAGGUUCGCUCGUACAGAUCCUAGAUAAACCACGAGGAGCACGUAGCAGAUUGAGUGCAACAUUUGGUAGUAAAAGUUCGACCGAUAAGGAAGCUGUCAGACAGUGUUUCCUAUUUUCUAAUCAUUUGUUGCUUACUACGAGACAAUCAGACGACGAUGGCCGUUUGAAUUUGAUACCUCAGAUCGGCAAGAUACCAUUAUCGGAUGCUGUCCUAAUAGAGGAUCCCUCUGAUCAAGGUGUUACGGACGAUGACGAAAUUUCAGUAUGCUCGAUGUCCAGUGGUAUCAGUGAAAGCAGCGGAAGUGCUACUGGAAAUACAAGUUCGCAGCUUCAAAAUCGUGACUUCAAAAUCGUACUCGACGUGAAGUCUGGCGGUCCACAAGUUACCGUGCAUCUCGUAGCACCAACUAUGCAGGAGAAGGCAGCGUGGAUAAGUGAUAUAAGUCAAUGCAUGGACAACGUACACUUCAACGAUCUACUACACGGCUCGUUGUCGGACACCAGUUCCGUCACGAUGCCGCAAUCGAUUAGGAACGAUCCUAAGUUAUUCAAGGACGACGUUGACAUUAGGUUCAGUCGUACAUUGAACUCCUGUAAAAUUCCACAAAUUCGCUCGGCCACUCCUGAACGUCUACUUCAAAGACUUACCGACUUACGAUUUCUUAGUAUCGAUUUCCUCAAUACCUUUUUGUUGACCUAUCGGGUAUUCACCGAUGGUGUUACGGUGUUGGAAGCGUUAAAGAAGGUCUUUUACGAGACUGAACCACCCGAUGCUCAAAUGCCUAGCGGUUCUUUGGCAUCGUUAGACGUUUUGGGGAGUAACACGGGCGAGGGUCAAACUCAUGCUGAGGAACGAAGACGAAGCAGCGUUUCUCCUAGAAGACCGAGCGGUGCCAGUUCUGUUUCAGGAUACGAAUCAGAAAUUAGUGACCGAGAUGCUAAGGGACAUUACAUGUACGAGUUUAAUACUGGAGCACACAUGUUAAAUUCGAAGACUCAUUGGCGUUACAAAAAAUUGGAAGAGGAGCAACAGCUAGGAUUGAUAACGGAGGCUCCAUCGAUCAUGAAACGUAGUCCUACAUUGCAAUCGUCGAAUCCGUCCGUGGCUUCUCAAUCUCCGGCAACCUUACGAAAAAUCAACAUCCGCGUGGACAAUGAUACAGAAAGUGAUGGAUGCCAUCUCACGAUUCCAAAAGUUAUAGCCGUAUCAUCGAGUUCAGAAACGCUUACGGAUGCGACCGUGAUAAGCGCACCUUCGUCUCCGAGCAAUCUAAGUUCGGUUACGCUGAUUGGAUCAACGGGAUCUGGAUCUGGAUCUGAUCCUAGUCCUCAAGAAGGAGGCACGAUUUCCAGAGGUAUUUCAGAGGAAACUGAUACACCUGUAGCUACAGGGACAGCUUCAAAGGAUGAAGUACAAUUUACGUAUGCUGAUCCACCGCUGGUGUCGGAUAAGUCAACGGAUUCUUCGGAAAGCACAGAAAAAACACCUACAACACCUGCUACACCAUCAACACCUCGAAUAAAAGAUCACGAGGUUGAGAAAGAAAGAAAAGAAUGGACUGACAAUGAAAAGGCACCUUCGUCGAUUAGUCAGACUCAACAUACCUCUAGUCCAACUCAGUAUCAACAUCAACACCAACAACAACAACACCACCACCACCAACAACAACAACAACAACAACAACAACAACAACAACAACAACAACAACAACAACAACAACAUCAAUAUCAGCAUCAACACCAACAUCAGCAUCAGCAUCAACAUCAACAUCAUCAAACGGAACAUAGAGCGUCUGUAGCUUCAGCACCAGUUACUGGAAUAAGAAGUGGCUCGAUUUCGACCGUAGCAGGAAAUUAUUGGGCCAGUAGACGAUCGAUACAAGAGUCCGAGUUAAGUUCGUCGCAAGGAAACUUUCAACAUGAUCAACAGGUAUCCAGUAAAGCCGGUGUGGUAGUGACCAGUUUUCGACAAAGUCAACGAAGCAUCGGACCCCAACCUAUUUGGAGCAGUACAUCAACCGCAGCAGCUGCCUUCGCUAUAGCAACUUCAGCCUCGAGUAAUCCACCUGACAAAGCACCUGGUAGAUGCAGUGUUAGCGAUGGAAACAAUCGAAGUGGUUCGUGUCGCGAUAAAAAUAGAAGAAAGGAAUCGGUUAUGUCAACGGCGGCGACAAUGCGUGUAUUAAACGUUCUACGACAUUGGGUUUCGAAACACGCACAAGAUUUUGAAUUGGAUCAGAAAUUGAAAAACUUGACCAUCGAAUUCCUCGAGGAUAUCAUAUAUAGUCCUAAUCUUUUGCCGGCCGAACACAAAGCUGCUAGUCAAUUGCUACGAUUGAUCACCAAAGAGGAACCCGAAAGUAACAAAGUCGAUCUCAAGAAACUAUUGACUCCACCCACGGUGGCAAGUAAGGAAAGUAUCGAGACUUUAUCAGCUUUGGAAAUCGCCGAGCAAAUGACGUAUCUGGAUCAUCAGAUAUUCGUAUCGAUCGCUAGCGAAGAAUUUCUUGGGCAAGCCUGGAUGAAGACGGACAAAGCAACACGUGCACCGCAUAUUCUAUUAAUGACGAAAAGAUUCAAUGAAGUCUCACAAUUAGUGGUUUCAGAGAUCAUUCGUCGAACAAAUAUGUCGGGUAGAGUAGCAGCGAUCGAAAAGUGGGCAGCAGUUGCAGAUAUCAGCAGAGUAUUACACAAUUAUAACGGAGUAUUACAGAUUUGUGCUGCAUUUACCAAUACCAGUGUUUAUAGGCUGAAAAAAACCUGGGAGAAGGUUUCGAAAACGACUAAACAAACGAUAGAAAAACUUCAAAAUAUCGUUUCCUCCGACGGACGAUUUAGAAAUUUGAGGGACGCUUUACACCGAUGCGAUCCACCUUGUAUCCCAUAUCUAGGACUAUAUCUUACCGAUCUUUCCUUCAUCGAGGAAGGUACACCGAAUUUCACUGAGGAAGGUUUAUUAAACUUUUCCAAAAUGCGAAUGAUAGCUCACGUGAUCCGUGAGAUCAGACAUUUUCAACAAACACCAUAUAAGAUCGAGCUGAUAACAAAGGUUACGAAUUAUUUAUUGGAUACAUCGCUGUUAUUAAACGAAAAGGAUCUAUAUCGUAUGUCCUUGGAAAUCGAGCCUCGUACAUCAAGACUAAGUAGUACGACCUUGAUCAAUUUGCCGCCAUCCGUAAGUCAUGCUUCAAUGAAGUGAAAAGGCCGAUCUGAAGAGGAUAUGCAAAAGAAAUUAUUGAACGUUUCUAUCGAUACGUAAAAGAAAUUUUAUAUACAUAUACAUAUAUGUAUAUGUAUAUGUAUAUAUAUAUAUAUUUAAUUCUAAGAUCAUCUGUGACUACUCGUAAGAUUACAAGCGAGCAGUCCGUUACUUUCGGAGUCUAAAACUCUUGAUAUAAUAAUUAUUAUUCUUAUUAUCGUCAUAAUAAUUAAUACGAUUAUUAAUUUGAGUAUCUCCAACAAUUUAACGCAUCUUUCUAUUGAAGGAGACGAAAAAAAAAGACAAAAAAGAAAAAAGAAGAAAAAGAAAAAAGCGUGUAUCUAAUGCGAGCCAACGUUUUCUACUAAAUGUAUUUAAAAGAAGCAACAAAGGAUUGAGUAGUAUUUACGCUAUUAUUCUAAAGAAAAAAAAUAUAAAAAAAGAAAAAGACAAAAAAAAAGGAUUAAUCAUCGAUAAUUAACAAAGGUACUGUUUUACUUUUUUGCAAGAAAAUUGUUCCUUUUCUUUCUUUUUUCUGUCUUUGUUUCUUUUUUCUUUUUUUCUUUUUUUCUUUUUUUUUUCUUUCACGCGAGUUUACGCGAGUCUGUCGGUCUUCGUUAAAAAGAAAACAAAAAGAAUAACGUAAAACGAAAAAAAAAAUGGAAACAGUAAAACAGAAUUAAUUGCAUCAUUUUACUAGUGACAACAACAAAAACAUAAUAUCGUAUUCCGAAUUAUUAAAAGAAAGAAAAAAAAAAUAAGAAGAAAAGCCAAAUCUUCGCGUUUAACCCCGUCCAUUAAUACGACCAUUUUGACUUAUAUUCUGAAUCAAUUUUGCAAACGUCCAAUUUAAUUUCAGCAACGUUGGAUCGCGAAUACUCGAAUCUUUCAGCUUAUUCUAAAGAAAAGGAUAAUCACAUUUAUAUACACGCACACACGCUCGCACAUACAUACACAGACACACACACAAACACAAACUUUGCUGUACGAAACAAAGUUAUCGAUCAAAGUUUCUCUCGCUUCUUAUUAAAGACUUUUCAACUUUUCAACUUUUCAUUACUAAAUCGGAAAGAUCGAUAAUAUUAAAUAACGAGUAGAAAUCGGACGAGCAAGAAGAUGAACGAUUAUUAGAGUAGACGAUAUAUGUGUGUGUGUGUGUGUGUGUAUAUGUAUAUCUGUAAUGAAAAAGAAAUAGAGAAAGAACAAGAAGAAGAAAGAACAAUUAAUAACAUAAAAUGUUAUGUCAUUUUUAAAAAAAUAUUUUGUCAUUUAUUGUGACGCAUACUUCAAUAUAUAUAUGCAGAAUAUAAAGAACGUAUGAUUUAUUAACUACGUUACGAAGUUGUUCUUUCUAAUCUGAAAGAAAGUUUUUUCGGAAGAUACUCUUCGCUUCUAAUAAAUUUUCUUUAUGAUCGGAUCUAAAUUUUCUUUUAAAUAAUUAUAUACUAAUUUUUAUUUUCAAAAAAAUGAUAGGACAAUUGUAUUAGAAAUAUGGAUCCAUGACACCUUCGAAUUGAUAUUUAUUAUCAAUAAAUUAAAAACAAAAAAGAUAAAAAAAAAUGGAAAAAGAAAACAAAAAAAAAGGAGCAGGAAAAUGAAAAAGAUGAAACAAAAUAAAAAGAGAAAAGCAAAGGAAAAGGAAAAAGAAAAAAAGAUAACACUCUUAAAGCACAUUAAACAUUAUAUCUGACAAUCAAUAGUUUAAAUAUACUGUUUAUCGAUUUUCUCC